AUGCAGGCGGAGCUGGCAGACACCACCACACAGAGACUCUCCGGGAUCCCGUGUCUGCACCACAAAACCAAAGUCCUGACGGACUUUGCCGGCACCAUGGUUGUGGACUCGGGCCACAUCCGCAGCAGCAGCGAUGUCCUGAAGCGUUUCAGCAUCCGCAUGUUCAGCCUCAUCGUCUUCCGAGCGCAGGUGUCGGACUCGGGCCACUACAUCUGCGGCUCUAAGCGAGGGGACUACUUCUACGGCUACGACGUGGACGUGCAGCCCACCGGGCACGUCACGGUGGCUUUUCUGGACAGGGGCCAGCACGUGCAGGAGGACGUCACGCAGGAGCUCUUCAGCCUCUUCACCACCUUCUGGGACUGGACCGUGUGCGACCGCUGCGGGGUGAGGGGCGAGCAGCGCCGCAUCGGCCAGCGCCGGCGGACGCUGGGCGACCCCGAGACCAUCCACGCCGCCAAGGUGAUCGGGAUGAGCUACGCCGUCAUCAGCGGCGUCUUCGUCCUUGUCCACGCGGGCCUCUGCUGCCGGCGGCUCUGCGGGUGCCCUGGCCGGAAGUAG